AAGUCACCUAUUAGUUUAAAAUGGAAAUCAAAUACUUCUGGGCGUCCAUAGCAUAUACAGUUUUAUGGGCGGACCUAAAAUAAGAAAUUAAAAAUUAAAAAAUGAACAACAAAAUACAUCAACCGUCGCUUAGUGAAUUAUUUAGAGAAUUUGAAAAAAGUUUAGGAUUUAAGAAUGAAAUAAAGUGGUUUCUUUGCAUUGCGAUUAUACUAUACCAUUUAGUAGGAAUUUAUUGGUGCUAUCACUACGCAUUUCCGGUUAAAUGGCAAACAUUAGUAUUUGCUUUAGUAAUGUAUGUACUAUCUGGUUUCGGCAUUACUGGAGGUGCACAUCGAUUAUGGACUCACAAAUCGUACAAAGCUAAACUUCCUAUGAAAAUACUUCUUUUGACAUGCUUUGCUACUGCUGGACAGAAUUCAUUGAAACAAUGGGUCCGUGAUCACCGAGUUCAUCACAAAUAUAGCGACACAGAUGCAGACCCGCACAACGCCAACCGUGGACUAUUUUUCUCACAUAUCGGUUGGCUAAUGAUGAAGAAAAAUGAACUGGUUCUUCUCCGUGGUAAACAGAUUGACAUGAGUGACAUUGAAAACGAUCCACUUUUGAACUCAUAUGAAAGAUACUUCGGAUAUUUAAAGUUAAUGUUCUGCUACAUAUUACCAACAACUGCUGGUAUUUGGCUGUGGAACGAAAACUGGCGAUGCGCAGUCGCAUGGCAAUGCUUUAUUAGAUUCCUGGGCAUGUUCCACAGCGAACUGACCGUGAAUAGCCUAGCACAUAUAUACGGAUACAAGCCUUAUAAUAAAAAUAUUCCUCCAUCAGAGAAUAGAUUUGUCGCUACAUGCACUCUCGGUGAAGGAUGGCACAAUUAUCACCACGCUUUCCCGUUUGACUAUAAAGCUGCUGAACACUUUGAUAUACUUAAUAUUACAACAUGGCUUAUCAGGUUAGGCGCAAAAAUCGGCUGGGUAUAUGAUUUAAAGGAAGCUACCCCACAAAUGAUAAACUCUAUAGCUAACAGAUUAGGCGACGGAACACCAGUUCACUUCCCAUUACCUAAAGACCAAAUUGAUAACGAUCCUCAUAAAAAUUCAGUUAUAUCUGACGAAAAAAAUUAUUAGACUUUAGAAAUUAAUUUUAACUUAUACUUAUUAAUAAUAUAUUAGCUAAUUUAUGUUAAUAUCAAAGAAAGAAAUACUUUUAUUAGUACAUGUCUAAGAGAGAAAACUAUUCCUAACUGUCUGUUCAGCAAAGAACAAUUUAUCAGCUAAAAUUAUAAUAAUAACUUUAGCUGAUUGAAGUCAUGAAUACGUAUUUUGUAUAUUAUAUAUUAAUAAAUAAAAAAAAAUUGUAAAAGGGGUACCUACUAUUUAUUGAAAAUAAAUCAUGUCAAACGGGUCUCAGAAUUGCAAACGAAUAAAAUAAAACAAAACAAUUUCCAAAGACAUUUGGUAAAGACGUAUUUCUAUAUAGUAGAUAGACAUCUCCUAUUCCACAGAAACAGGAAUAUUAUUUUGUAAAAUGCAUCAGAACUGUCACAUUGAAACAUGAAUGGAGAUUUAAAGAAUGUUUCUUUAGAAGAACCGUGUUGAGACACGCAAUAUUAAGUACAUCCAUCUAGUCUAAAGUAUGUGGUUAUCUUCAUGAUCUACCUCUAGUAAUGCACGCCUAUUAAGUAUAUAGGUACAUAUUCUACUCUUACAUUACUAAGCCUGGGAGAUGAAUUUAACAUCAUACUGUCGGCUUGUAGAUAAAUACAUUGGCACAGGUACCUAUAUUAGAUACUACACCAUAUAUACUAUACUACAUAUUGUCAGAUACCCAUGUGGUGUUAAGAAUAAUCAAUAAUAUCGACAGCAUUGCAUCCCUGCAAUUUUUAAAAGAUAAUAAAAAUAGCAUAGUACGAGAGGAAUCUCAAAAUAGAACCCUUCUGGUCAAUGUGACUACAGUAGACUAAUAUAAUCUUCUUUUCAAGAGAAACUCAUGUCAGCAGUGGAAAGUUAGUGGGUUAUUUGGAUAGAAAAUUUUUUUAAUAUAAAAAAUAAAUUGUAGGUACAUACUAUCAUCAAAGUUUAAUCCUAUAAAUAUUAUGAAUGCGAAAUUUUGUAACGAUGGACGGAUAGAUGUUAGUUAUUCUUUCACUAAUUUACAAAAACUAUCUACUGAUCAGAUUUAAAUGAAAUUUGGUACACUGGUAAAUCAAGUUCUAACUUAGCACGUAGAAUACUUUAUAUACUGAUUCACACUGACAAAGCCGCGAUAUAGUAACACGUAGUUUAAAGAUAAUAAUGUAUUAUGAUUACUAUAUAGAAAUAAGUAAUAGGUACUGAGUAUUAUUAUAAUAUUAUUCUCUAUAUUUAUAAUACUCAGUAUUCUUUAUUCUUAUAAUUCUUGUUUUAAUAUUUUUUUUGUCUGAUCUUUGUUAUUCGUAUGUAAGUAGAUUAUUAGUUAAUAAAAACCAGUACUUGAAUCAAUACACAAAUGUCGUUCAAAUUUAGUAUUUAAGAAAUUUAAUGUAAUGUAUUAAUAAAAUGUAACGCAAUAUGUAAAUUUAUAUAAUAAUUUAAUGUUAAUAUUAAAAAUAAAUAUUUUUUUCUUUAUAAAUUCUUAUGUAAGUACUCCUAUAUAUAGGACUUAUAUGUAAUAUAAAAACAAAUAAAACUUAUCCAAAUGGAAUUGAUAUAUUUUGUUAUACUGUUUUAAAUUUAUUAGCACUUAGUAAUUGUUUUAGUUAGACUGCUAUAUUAGUUGCAACUUUUAAAGGAUAUUGCAAAUUUUGCAUAUGUGAUUAAAAUUGUAUACUAUAUAUUUAAUAUAUAGUAUAUAAUUUAGAAUAUUUCACUAUACUGCUAUUAACUAUAUGUAACACGCUGUCUUUAACAGAGGUCACAAAAUUAACAUAUAACCCAGUCGGUGCCUACUGGACAUUGUUUUCUGUCACCUCCCACCUCUAAACAUGUAUGCAUUUAUAUUCAUUAUGAAAUACCUGAACUUAAUAUAAAUGUAGUCAUUUAUACAUGAUUAUUCUAGGUACCUAGGGCAUUCUGUCUGAUAAUACUGACAAGAAGAAACGAUAUGAUUGACUUCUAAAAUCUCAAUUUGUCUAUCUUUUUAUGUAUAUAUAUUACUAUUACGAAACAUAUACGUCAACCUUAAAUCGAUUGUUAUCUUUAUUUUUAAGAUGGAUUUUAUUUCCGUAUUCUAUUUUAUUAAUUCUCUUAAGAGACUGCCACACUACCAAUAGAACAAUAUUUGCCGAAAAACAUAUUAGUUAAUCUCAUUAGUAUGGGAAACUUCAUUUAUUUUAUUUUCUUUGAGAAAAAUGUUCCGUUUUCCAUGUAGAAUGUUAAUGACGAAUAAAGGGCGUCAACAUCAAAUAUAGAUAAAAAAAUCGCUUAUACCACCAUAAUUAACGUAAACUGUAAGAUUUUACUUUGAUAUAAUCUACUCAUAGUACAAUUGCUAUAUUUAAAAGUCCCUAACGGUUGCGACUGAAAUCGUCACUCCCGCGAGACCCUGUUUGAAUUCUACCUUUAACAUGGGUUGUGACAAGGAAAUAUAUCGGUAGCUUCCUCUUGUGCAUUGUAUCUGAAUAUAUACUUCUAAAAAUAUACUACAUGUAUAUGAAUUUCAUGUAAGUAUGUGUAAUUAAAAGAUAGGUAAGUAAUUUUAAUGUAUUUUUUUUAUUUAUGCCAACUAACAACUUAAUAAAAAUAUAUACUAUUAAAAAUUAUUACUUAAGACUUUUAGUUUUAUACAUGAUAAUUUUUAUGUACAUACAUAUCUUUAUGUAAUUAAGAGAUAUCCAACUAUAGUAU